UUGAAGCCUCCUGUGAGAAUUUUGCUAAUUUUUGGAAUCUAAAACUUCUCAAGGAUUUAUAAUUUGGACCAAGUUAUGGCACUGGAAGAGAAGGGGGACAGCACUAAGAAAUGCACCGACAAAAUGAAAGCAGAGCCAGAGGAAGAUGGUUCGUCCGGUCACACCUGCGGAGUGUGUGGUCGUAGCUUUCCUCUUCUCAGCUCUCUGUCUCAGCACAUGAGGAGACACACGAGGGAAAAGCCAUACAAAUGUCCUUAUUGUGAGCAUCGGACUGCGCAGAAAGGCAGUUUAAAAGCACAUAUAAGAAGCCAUAAACUGGGACUGCUGACCCAAAGUUCAAGCGACAAAGAGGGGGAUGGAGAUCAGGACGUGAAGGACAGUGCUGCUGAGUCACCUGAUCCAUCUGAGAAGGACAAGAUGGCCGACAAGAAACAUAAUGUCAACGGCAAGGUGAAGAAGAAAGCUGCUAAGAAGAAGGUCAAAGGUCAGGACAUCGAUGAAGAUGAUUCAGGGCCAUUUACAUGCACGAUAUGUAGCCAGGUGUUCCCUCAGGUAUUACUGCUCAAAACCCACAUGAAAAGACAUCGCAAUGUUCAGGAUCACGGUUGUAAGAUUUGUGGACGGCGAUUUCGUCAGGCCUGGUUCCUCCAAAGCCACAUGCGAAUCCACAGAGUCAAAGCCCAGAUGAAGAGCGGUAAAGAUAGUGAUCUACCAGCCACCAUCAACGGAGUGCCCCAGGAUCCUCUGUCACUAAUAAAUGAGGAGUGCCUGUAUGAGCUUUGUGCCAGUUGUGGGAAUUUUUUCCAUGAUUUAAAGACAUUACAAGUACAUGAAAAACUGCACAGGCUGAAUCACACUCGUAAUCAUAUACAAAGCCGCCCGCAAGACGACAGUGAUGUCUCAGAUUUGGACAUCGCUAAAAGAGAUUUUUUGAAAAGCCUAAAUCUCAGGUGUGCAGGGGAAAAAGAGAACACAGAGGAAAAAUGUCAAGGUAAAAGAAUUGUUGGGCUGGAUCCAGUUUGUAGCUAUCAAGCAUGGCAGUUGGCCACAAGGGGGCGCCUGGCAGAGGCUACAGAGAAAUGUCUGGGAUGGCAGGAGAGGCUCGCAGACGCGGAGGUGGUGUAUGAUAUAGAGAAGGGUGAGUAUAUUCCUCUAAAACAUGACAAAAAGAGGAAACAGACAGACACCCCCAGCUCCAGUGUUAAAAAGAAGAAGACGGAAACAGGCCUCUGCAGCAGUAAAACUCUGGACAAGAGGAUCUGCCAGGACCGCAUCCUGCUCAACGGACUGGGACAUGCUUUUUAUGAAGCUCUGCAGGCCAAGAAAGUCAAGGACACUCACAGCUCAGCUAAAGCCAGCAGCAAGAGCCAAGAGCUGGAAGAUAAAAAGCCCAUCUUCUGUGAGCACUGUGAUUUCCACACUGUAGAUGCCUCACAGCUCAGGUCCCAUCUGCUCAAGACACACCAGGACAUCCUGGCUCCAAAACAGAUGUCAUCCAAAUCCUCCAGGUACAUGGACUACCUCAGGACGAGAAGCGCACUGCUCAGUCAAUCAUAUUGGAAUCCUUAUACCUACACCCCUGUCCUUGGGUCAUCAGAGGCACAAAACUUCAAAACUGAAAAGCCAAAUUCCACAGAGGUCAAAGGUGAACCAGGCACGCUCCUCAAUCUGUCCGUUGUUGAGAGCAAUGCUGUUACCUCUGUCAAAUCACAGGGUUUGGUAAAAAAUCAGUGUACAUACUGCUCCCACACAUCCAACUAUCCUGAAGUACUGUGGAUCCAUCAGCGUGUGGCACACAGAGUGGACGGCAGCAGCUCCAUGGCACCAAAAUGGGCCCCUUGUCCAAUCAGCUUCAAGAGUUUAAAAACAGGCUCCACACCCUGGAGACGAACAGGACCUCCCCCUUUCCUUGAAGGUAAAGACUGUCCUGCUUUACCCGCCCCACGAACUCAGCGGACACAACCUCCUCGUACCAACGCAAACAGUAGUGGCCAAAGUAGCACAAGUAGUAAUAGUAGCAGCAAGCACUCAGGCAACAAGAGCCAAUCAACUGUCCCAAAACCCAAGAGUGCUCACCCGAAGGACUCCCAUUCUGUAGAUGGGAAAGGGAAAGUGGUGCCCCAGAAAACCUCAGUAAUGGGAAGCAGUAAGGGGACUACUUCUUCAGGUGCUGUGGGGCAAAGCAAGAGUACAUCUACUUCACAGUCCAGUCCAAAAUAUAGAGUUAAAGGCAACUUCCCACAAGAGGGUUUGGGUUUUAUGUUGGCCCGAAACCACCACAGUAGCACUUCCUCAAACUCAAAUAGGCUCCACCCCCAAAGACAGUCAUGUGACCCCACCUCAGGUCUCAAAGGUCACGACCUGUGGGCAGCCUUGAACAUGUGGGGUUUACAUGGGAGCAAAGCCUAUCUCGACCCGCUCCUAUUCACUCAGGGAAAAGGUGAAUCAACGGGACAAAUGCCAAUGGAUAUAAAUAUUUUAAGCCUCUUAAAAAACUACAGCCCACAUGAUCUGGCUGCUCUGUACCAGCACUGGGGCUUUGUCGACCCCCAACUCAAUCCACAAGCAAUGUUGCAGCUGAAUGAGCAUUAUGCAAAUGAGGUCCACUCCUCCUCUGAAGGUUCAAAGCAGGUAAACAGUCAUUCAACGUCCUCAGGGUCUCUUCACAAAGGAACGUGAUUCUCCAUUUUGUCACUGAUUUUGUCCAGAACAAAGAUGUCUGCUGUUUCCCCAAAGGAGCCAGAUCCUGAAAAUGGCCUGAUAAUGCACAACAUAUGCAAAACAAUGAAUGGACAUGGAUACUUUAAUUUGUCAUUUGUUUCAUUUGAAGUGUUUUGCAUGUUUUUGUUAAGAGUGUUGACUUGUUUUAGGUCCUUAAAAUAUUUUGAAUAGAAAGGACAUUUUGUUUUCAAGUGUGAAGUUCUGAAAGAAGCAGGUUGUGUGUAGUAUUAUGAAGUUUUGACUACACACAAUGGCACACAGCACUAAGUAGUGAAAGUCAUUAUAUCAGGGGUGCCAUUACUAUGUGCAACUUUAAAGUAAUGCUAGCUUUCUAAUAGACGUCCGUCACUCACUGAACAGUUCUAACCUGGAGAAACACGUAAUGGGGAUAAUACAAGAAUAUGUUUGUUGGUACUUGAAUAUCAAAUCCAGCGUUCAUUUUAUAGACUUCAUUAACUUCAGACUUUUAACUCUAUAUAAUCCUAAUAUACUUCAGUAUUUGUGUUGUGCCUAUGAGAAAAUUGAGCUUGUUCAUGACAGCUUUAUUGGUUUUGUCCAUUCAUGGUUUUAUUCUAAACUUAAU